CCCCCCACAGCAGCUCCACCACUGGGGCAUUUGACUUUGUGGCAGGACGGAGUGGGAGAACUGGUGGCAUGGCCCAUUUCUGGGGAUGCCUGAGUGAGAAUUCCCUUGGUGCAGCUGGCCAGAGCACACUGUUUGCCAUCUACGUGGCCAGCACACCUCAGAACACGUCUGUGCUUGCAGCCAUCACCUCGGCCUUUGCAGCUAUCACCUUGACCACCAGCACCGGAACCAGUAGCUCAGUGUUCGGCGGUACUACCUUAUCACCCAUCAUGUCCAGGGUGUCAGUAGGACCUGCUGGCAAUGGGGGUUUUCUGAUCAGCAUGGCAGCCCCCCACAGGAGCUCCAUCACUGGGUCGUUCAUAUUUGGGUCAGGACAGAGUGGGAGAACUGGUCUCAAGAACCCUUUCUGGGAAGCCUUGAAUCCAAACUCCCUGGGUACAGCUGGCCAGAGCACACCCUCUCCCUUCCACGUGGCCAGCACAACUCAGAACACAUCUGGGAUUGCAGCCAUCACCUCGGCCUUUGCAGCAAUGACCCUGACAACCAGCAGCGGGACCAGUACAACAUGGUUUGGCAGCACCAUCUCAGUUCCCUUCACGACCAGGGUGUGAGCAGGUCCCGCUGGCAGUGGGGGUUUUAGGAUGAGCAUGGCUGCCCCUCCGACACCGCUGGGACGUUCAGCUUUGUGUUAGGAUGGAGUGGAAGAACUGGUCUCAGGAUCCCUUUCUGGGGAGCCUUGAAUCCGAACUCCCUGGGUGCAGCUGGCCCGAGCACACCCUCUCCCUUCCAUGUGUCCAGGACGCCUCAGAACACGUCUGGGAUUGCAGGUGAGAUUUGGAAUGGGCUUGGGGUGCAGUGCCAUGCGCUGUCUUAAGUGCUGACACAGUCUCUGCUUUCAGAGCUGUAUGCUGUGGUGAAGAUUUAGAUGUUAUCACAGAAGUUAUCUGUAAACAGCGUCAGGCAGCAGUGUAACUCAUCAACAGGAGGAGCUAUUUAGGUAGACAGCGGCAGCCUUUCUGAGACAAUAGCAAAGUGAGGCCAUGGCCACAUUUCCAGAGUUGGGAGAAUGGACAGCAGCUCGGGGUAAGAAUGUUACCAGCACAGGAGCAAAUGCCCGAAGGCAGAGAUGAGCUUAUGUUUUCAUGAGUAGAGAAGAGCCAGGUGUGUCUAGAGGUUAUAAAGGAAAGUGGGAUAAAAUGACAUUAAGAGACAGGCAGAAAGGAACAUCAUUCAUGGCCAUUCAAAAUGGGUUUUUUUUUUUGGUAUCUGUGCAAUUACCUUAAAAACAUUAUGUUUAUUUGGCUCCCCUCUUCACCAAGUACCCCACAGAAACUCUGUUAGAGUCACUUUCCAUCAGCAUAGUAACAUGCUGUAGAAUCACUGCUUGUCUUUUCUGUGUAGCCUAGCCCUCC